GACCGCUAAAGCUGAUUCAGACAAAAAAGACAAAAGCAUUAUGGAUGAUAACCAGCCGCGAACCAAACGGAAACCAGACUAUUGGAUACUAGGCCAUAAUUAUAACUAUUUAUACCCCUGCCCUCCUUGAUCUGAGCUGUAAUGAGAUUCUGACAUAUUUUCUCUAUUUUCCAGCAUACUCUUGCUUUCAUCAUCUAAACCAAAUCAAAGAUGGCUACCAAUUACCAGUCUUCCAAGGAAACCACAAAUUUUGCACGGAUUUGCAGGUUGGUCAUCGAUGUCAUCCCGGACUUAUUGCGAGAUUUGCUCAACACUCGGUUGCCAGCAUCAGGACUAUCUGCAGUACUUACCACCCAGAAAAGGAAGAUCUUUUCUGUGUUGAAGCAACAUCAAAAGAACAUUCUGUAUCCUCAAGGUGGGGUGUUUCAAGGUUCUGUGAAGGAUUUGGACACAUCACUUCUUUACAUCCUUCUAAGAAACAUUGGAAAUAUUCCAUCUCAUCAUCAAAGUUGGGGAAACGCACCGGAUAUUGCAGACAGAUCGCUGUCGGCCAACAUCGACCGUCUACGUGAGCAGCGCAAUGCGGCGUUUGCACAUGCACCUAAUGCCUCCCUUUCUGAUGGAGAUUUUCAGGCUAGUUGGGACAUCAUCCGCCAAAGUGUGGAGGAAAUACAAAAUAGUGAACUGAAUACAGGGCGGUUUGUAGUGGCAGUGGAUGAAAUGCUUACCAUGGAGAUGGACCACAGAGGGACAAAUAAAUACAUCAAGGAACUUCUAGUGGUUAUAAAAGGUGAUAUGGCCGGUAUGUCUGUCAAACUGGACACCAUCGAAACAGAUAUGGCUGAUCUACAAGGCAAUGUUGGUGCUGUGAUGGAUGAUGUCAGUGCUGUCAGGUAUGAUGUCAGUGCUGUGAGGGAUGAUGUCGGAGCUGUCAGGGAUGAUGUCGGAGAUGUGAGGGAUGAUGUCGGGGCUGUCAGGGAUGAUGUUGGGGCUGUGAGGGAUGAUGUCAGUGCUGUGCGGGAUGAUGUUGGGGCUGUGAGGGAUGAUGUCAGUGCUGUGAGAAAUGAUGUCGGGGCUGUGAGGGAUGAUGUUGGUGCUGUGAAAGAACAACUUACCGUCAUAUCAGUAGACAGGGGAAACAAACCAAGACGAGCAGCUAUUGAAACAACAAAGUCAACAGUCAGAGGUCAAACCUCAAGAUCGGAGAUCAUCUCUACACAAGCCUUGGAAGACGCCAAGGAAGUGAUCAGAAAGAACGGCAUGGUCAUCAUCAAGGACGCCUCCGGGGACGGAAAGACAAUGAUGUGCUACCAGCUGUUGAAGUGGCUAAUGGAUGGCGAUAAUAAGGAUACUGGACUGUCAAAAGAUCCGUUACAGCUUUACAGCAUGUCUAAAUGGGAUAAAAUUGUCCAGCCAGAAGCACAGAUAGCUUUAUUUAUUGAUGAUGUCAGUGAGGAUAUUGUUGAAGAAUUGAAGAGAAGGAAAGACUCUAUACAGUCAGCAUUUUGUGGCACACUAAAUAGUAGAUCAAAUUGUUUGAUCCUCAAUGUUCGAGAUGAAAUUUUCAAAAGCACACAAAUGUCCUCAUGUGAACUAUUUAAUGACGAAAAUGCCAUUGAUUUGAGAGGUAAAAACCUCAUGACAAGUGAAGAAAAGCUGCAGAUUUUAGAAAAGUAUGUCCCAAAAAUUAAAGUUUUAUCUGGUGGAAAGGAAUCAAAAUUUGUUAAACUUGCCCCGAAAAUUGGGUUUCCACAAUGCUGCAGACUGUAUAGAGAUGUUCCUAGCUUACAAAAUGAAGGGGUUGAUUUCUUCAAAAGUCCAGUCUAUUUCAUGGAAAAAACUUUGAAGAAAUUACCGAAGGAAUGCUUUGCUUCUCUUCUAUUUCUCUUCCUCAAUGAUGGGAGGGUAAAGAAAGGAGACUUAGAUCCUAACAGUGAAAAUGUUGACAAGAAAAAGCUAGAGAUAGCUUUCCCUGGCAAUGCACUAAGUCAUGAAGACAAAAUCAGAUUGUUACGUGGAAGUUUAGAUCAAAUGUUAGGAUCUCUGGUUGCAAAAACGAAAAACAGCUUUUUGUAUGAUGAUGUAUUUUACAAAUUUUCUCAUGAUUCUGUUCAGGACACUGUUGCCCUUUUGUAUGGCAAUGACACCAAAAUUGGGUUCAUAGAGAAUUGUCCAAGAAAGUUUCUACGUUAUAUAUCGACAUUAAAAAACAUUCCAAACAGAAUAGUUAUAUCAUCUUGUAAUUAUAAACACAUGUAUAAACGUUUACUUGGAGAGUUUGAAUGUCACAGGUUUGAAUAUGUCUAUUCGAGUUACUCUGACCAAGAAAGUGACUGGUUUUAUAGUAAAUAUAGUAAAUAUCAUUCUAUAACUUCAUUAGAUGUUUGGACAGAUAUUCAGUUUCUGCAGGGAUUUAUCAGAUGGUUAAGUGGUAAGAAUGAUGACAAAAACUUGUGCCAUGAGAUAAAGCUUGCCUUGUUGAAUAGAGCAUGUGCUUCUGGUUCAGAAGAAUGUGCUUUAUUCCUCCUGUCGGAGGGUGUGACACCUGACGUGGAGACACCGUUUUAUGUGGUAGAGGGAGGGAGUGUGAGUGUGUUACGUAAACUACUGGAGUAUGACGUCACUCAGACAGCGAGGUUACACAUGUCACGAUCACCACAUAUAGUCCUAGCUAGGAAUAUCAAUGUCCUACAGGAGGCGUGUUUGUUUGAGAGCGAAGAGAUGGUGACCAUGCUGUAUAACACGUACCCACACUUGGUACACGACACUGAUCACAGGGGACAAAGCACGCUCCAACUUGGGGCACGGACAGGAAACUGUGAUAUAUUUAAAACAGUGGAGAGAGUUGUACUUAAAUCCUUGUAUAGAGUUGAGUACGAACAUCAUAGGUGUGAGACAGUAGAAGGUCGUGUGGUGCACAGGAAUUGUGUGUGUGCUCAGUACGUGUGUCAGUUAGUGACCAAGUACGGGGGGGAAACAGUGUUACAUUAUAGUUGUAGGAGGGGACACAUGGAGGUUUGUAAAUAUCUGUGCGAGUCGUACCCAGCACUAACUACAGCGGUAGAUAUGUUCGGGGGGCAAACAGUGUUACAUUAUAGUUGUUUGGGGGGACACCUGGAGGUUUCUAGGUGGACGUCAGAUAUAGACCUGUUCACCGAGUGUGAAAUUCAUGUAAAACAGUACAUAGAAUCUACAGGACGUAAGUAUGACAUCACAACCAUACUAACCAAUCAGGGAAGUUCUGUUUUAGACAAGGCAAAGGAACAGAUAGAGGACUGGACCUGGGGAACAGUAAACAAGGCUCUGUAUGAAUAUCUUGUCCCAUUGUUUGGUCAACAAAAACACUAA